AUGACCGAACGAUUUCCAGGACCCCAGGUGCUCCUUGCUUGUGAACGAUGUCAUCGCCGAAAGGUGAAAUGCGACAAACAGACACCUUGUUCGAAAUGUGAAAGGCUUGGUAUCGUAUGCGUCCCCGUUCGACGCGCCCGCUUCCCACGAGGUCGUGUGACCCAGCCCGCGAAGAGUAACACAGCUGGAUCAGACUCGGCACUCACGAAUCGGGUGAACGAAUUGGAGAAGCAAUUGCUGAAACUUGCAACUGGCGAUCCGGGCACAUCAAGUCCCUUGAAUGCGACGGGUCAUCGCCCACUGGGUCCAAGCGACGAACCGCAGCCUGUGGAUAAACCACUGCUUUCAGGUCAGACUGAUAGAGCAGAGUUGACAGAAACGCAGAAAUGCGACCGAAAUGUCUCCCACACGCAGAAGGCUCGCACACCCCCCUUUGGGCCUCAUCUCGCCAUCUCGACAUACACGGACAAACUGAACACCGAGAACCCAAUACCAGAAAUCAAGCUUUCUCCUCAAACUCGUCGAGACCUGGGAGCAAUAUACUUUUACAAUGUGGAUCCAUUGUUCAAAAUUCUUCAUCGCCCCUCGGUUCAGAGCUUCCUUUACGAAGGUCAACGCUACCUAAAAUACGAGCUGCACGACCAUGCGCCUAAUACACUCGCCGCCGCAAUCUAUUACUGCGCUGUUUGCUCGAUGGAGGAAUCUCAAUACACUUCUUUGUUUAGCGAGCCCCGAGAAACCAUGGUCGCCCAACUGCAGAGGGAAACUGAAGUGGCACUUUUGAAAGCGGACUGCACAACUUCUAAUGACCUCACGAUCCUACAAGCAUAUGUGCUUUUCCUGCUUGCGACUUGGACUCACGACAAAAGCCGGCGUGUAUGGACGAUGUUAAGCAUGGCUUUGCGAAUGGCUCAAGCUCUGUCUCUACACAUGGCCCAGCCAUCUUUUGAGACGACACCAUUCGAACAAGAAAUGCGGAGACGUCUUUGGUUAGCCAUCGGGCUUCUGGAUGUUUCGGCCGCUCUGUCGCACGCAAGCGAGCCGAUGAUGCAGGCGACCUGGCUGGAAUCACAUCCGCCGUCCAACAUCAAUGAUGAAGAUAUAUCCAUUGAUACACAGAGCCAACCUGCGAGUAAAGAUGUGCGAGAAUUCACAGAUAUGACAUUCUCUUUCGUCGUUUUCGAGGCACAGAACACCGUGAGAUCCAUUGGCUUUUCCGGGUGGGCACAAAGUGUCAUCGAAAAUCCAGCCCUUCGGCAGCAACUCAUCCAUCAAUUUCGGACCACGGUAUCGAGACUGCUCAUCGGGUGCAAACCAGACACAGAACCUUUUCACCGGUUCGCUCAUCUGUCCGCUCGCACUAUGAAUUCCUGGCUGCAGCUGAUAUCCAUUCGGCCACUCAGAGCCAGCAAGAGUUUCAUAUACCCAGCAAUACAAGGUGAUGGUGUCCUCCGACUGACAGCCGACAAUCUCCAAGCCAUAAUGGAGGGACAUCAUGACCCAAGGGUGUCUUCCUGGCGAUGGUUUGAUUGUAUGUGGACCCCUUGGCAUGGACUAGCGGUGGCAAUGGCAGAGCUAUGCACCUGCAAAGAGCUCAGUGUCAUGGAAAGAUAUUCGCCAUUGGUGGAUACAGUUUAUGCCGAAUGUCACUCCUCUCUUGAUGAUACUCAGAGUUGCAGGGUGCGGAAGCCAAUGGAGAAGCUUUAUUCUCAUAUGCGGAUUCGAAGAGACGAUAUGUUGCGAGAGCAGAGCAUGGCUGUGAAUGCCAAUGACACCGCUUUCGAUGAGAUUCUUUCUACGAUUGCCGAGCCCCAGAACUUUCCCAGUCUUUCGUUUGGCCUGGCUCCGACCUCCGGCUUUUAUCAUCAACAUCAACCCGAUUCCGCUGACACCGUGCAAGAUUCUCUCAACUUUCUGGACCUGGUGCCAAACAUUUGGGACGAGGUAAACUUCAACGAAACAGCAAUCGACAACGAGAUGAACACUUGGCAAAGCUACGAAGACUUCAUUAUUGAUUUCCAAAAUGCGGUUUGA